GUCACCGGUUGAGCGAAAAUGGCAGACGUGCCGAGUAAGCAAGACAUUCAGGCAAUUUUCAAGCGUUUACGGUCACUUCCUACAAAUAAACAAUGUUUUGACUGUGGUGCCAUGAACCCCACAUGGGCCAGUGUGACAUAUGGAGUGUUCCUGUGUAUAGAUUGCUCAGCAGUUCAUAGAUCACUUGGAGUCCAUGUCACAUUUAUCCGGUCAACACAGUUGGACACGAGCUGGACAUGGCUGCAACUGAGAGCUAUGCAAUGUGGAGGCAAUGCUGCAGCUAAUUCUUUUUUCCAACAACAUGGUAGUACCUCUAAUGAUGCCCAGCAGAAGUACCACAGCAGAGCAGCUACACUGUAUAGAGAGAAAUUACACUCCUUGGCUACAGCAGCUCAGAGACUGCAUGGCACAAAGCUAUGGAUUGAUGAUGGACAUGACCAUAAAAAUCUGGCUCACUCCUUGGGCAAGCUCCAUGUAGAUGGUGGUCACCAUGAAGCUGUCUCCCCCACCCACACUGAUGUAGACUUCUUUAAGGAGCAUGCUGCAGCCCAGUUGUCUCCACAGACCAGUGUAGUAGAGGACACUGCUACACAGCCUGUACCUAUUAGAAAUGGAAACUUAAACAAAGAGACUGAUUCGUCAGAGGGUCCUAGUGUGGAAGCUGCCCUUAGCAUCUCACCCACCCAAGCCUUACAAACCGCAGAGCCCAGGAAAUCUACUAUAGGAAACAGAAAACCAGCUGCUGCAAAGAAAGGGCUUGGUGCAAAAAAAGGCCUCGGUGCUCAGAAAGUGAGGACGAAUUUCAAGGAGAUUGAAUCACAGGCAUUGCAAAAAGAUAAAGAAAUUGAAGACAUGAAGGCUGCAAGGGAAAUGAAAGAGGCAAAGACAAAAGAAGAACAAGAAAAGCAAAUGGCAUCUAUGAAAUUAGCCUACAAAGACAUGAGUAUUCAGAGACAAAAGGAAGAGGAAAAAAUCAGGAUUAGUGAUCCAAAGAAAGCUGAGCAGUUGGAGAGGUUGGGAAUGGGCUUUGGCAAUGUCAGGGGUGUGAGCCACUCUGCUCUGUCAGAUAUGCAGACAAUAGAACAGGAGACGCCCACAAAGCAGCGUGAACCACGCCUGGACAAAUAUUCUUCAAGGGGAAGAGGGGAUUUCUUUGAGGAGGAACUAGAUUCUAUGCUGGGAUUCUCCUCUGGGCCCCCAAAAUACAAGGACAGUCCAUUUGGUUCCAAAUUUGAUGACUUUGGGAGUUCUUCCAAGUCCAGCUCAUGGGAUAUGGACAGGUUUGAGACUAAGCAGUCCAGCUUUUCAGAUGAUAUUAUACCUUCCAAGGACAGGGAUGAUAGUUCAACAGCAAAUGACAGUUAUGGGGGAGGCCGUAGCAGACAGAAGACAUAUGAUGCAGAACCUGUGUCAGAUGAUGCACAGAAGAAAUUCGGCAAUGCAAAAGGCAUUUCUUCAGAUAUGUACUUUGGUGGUAGAGAUUCUGAUUUUGAAAGAAAACAAAAUUUGAGCCGUUUCCAGGGUGCCAGUGGUAUUUCUAGUUCAGACUAUUUUGGUGAUGGUCGCCCCUCCUCUGCCUCAUCCAGCCAGGCGAGUUACUCUGGACCAGACAUGCAGGACAUUAAGGACAGUGUGAGGCAGGGGGUUUCCAAAGUAGCUGGAAAGCUCUCUAGUUUAGCUAAUGGAGUUAGGAGCACUUUACAGGAACGUUACAAUUAGGAAAUUGGACUCUUCUCCCCAUCCUUGGGUUCAUGCCUAGCAAUACACACAUGGGAUUUGGUGGAUUAUUAAUCACACAGAACAGUUAAUUUUAUUAUGUAGAGUAGCACAGACAUUUGGGAGAAAAAUAACCCACACUGCAUAUUGACAAUGCCAAUGGACAUUUUGACCUGGGUUAUGGUUCUGUCCUGCUGCGGCAAGUGUUCAUGACGGUUUAUUUGUGAUACAGGGGUCUGAUAUAACUACCAAAUCUUUAUCCAAGUGUAAAUAUUUUACUGCCAUUAUGAUAAAAAGUAAAUGGAAGUGCAAGUCUAUAAGUAUACCAUGUCUAUAUCUAUGAGAAAGAAGACCAUUUUCAUAUUUUUCUGUUCAUUAUGCUUUCUGUAAUAUUCUUCUUUGUAUGAAAACCAACUACUUGUUAUUAUCUUUAUUACUGAGCUUGGGUUUUUGUUUUGUUGGCAACUAAAUACUUGAUUACCAACUUUAGUGCUUUUUAUGUUCUCUUAAGGCAAAAGCCAUACAUUCUUUUUUGGACAGUCUCGAUAUAAAUAUAGUAAAGGGCUUACAUCAUACUUGUUACAAAGGUAAAUUAACAAUUAAUUUCUUAUUUUACCUCCAGUUCAAUCCCUUUUGAAAAACUUAUUUUACCUUGACAUUCCUUAAUGUUUUAAAAUCAAAAUGCAACCAUGGUUGAUGAGUCAAAUGUUCAGUGCUUAACUAAGGUCUUUUGUGUAUGUUCAUUUGCUUCUAUAAGGAAACUUAGUCUGUGUCAUAUAUUUUUCUUGUGUUGCAAUGUAAAUGGUCUUAACAAGAUCUCAAACGAACUGUUAUCUAAAAGAAAGCAAAAUAGCUGCAUUAUUGUAUGAAAAAAGUUUGCAUGCCGCAAUAUUGAUAUUUAACUGUAUUGAAUAAAUUAAAAAGAUUUUAUCUGAAUCAUUUACUUGAAGGUUUCUUAAAAUAAAGAGGGAUAAGUGGAAGAAAUAGUU